CUGUUUCACUGUUAUGCAAUCUAUCACGGCUAUCAGUGGGUUGUGAUUGAUAUAUCAACAAAUAUCACCUUACAAAAACUAUGUCCGCACAAAAACUUUUUGUUUCAACGGCACUGCGUUACUGCUGAGCUAAUGAAAGAAAUGACUGCCGAAUGGAUUUUAUUCAUCGAUGCCGAUACGACAGUUAUAAAUCCGAACCGUCUGAUUGAGGAGUGGAUUGAUAAAAAUUACAAUAUGAUUUUUUAUCUACGUAUAAGGUUUUUUGAGAUUACCGCAGGUGUUUAUUUGGCCAGGAACAAUCCAUAUUCAAGAAACUUCUUACAUUUUUGGGCUGAUUAUGAGCACAGAUUACCUAACUCGGUUCAUAACCACGAUAAUGGAGCACUUCACGUAGGUCACUUAAAAUGUCUAAUCUUCUCUAAAAAAAAAUUCGUGUGGAAAUCUCGUUACGAAGAUGUGUCCAGUUACGAAGCUUGUAUACAAUACCUCUUGGGACCUAAAAAAUCGUGGCCAGGAAAAAUCAAAAUUCUUGGAAAACCUAAGGGAAUGACUCGCGACGCUCCUAUUACGAAAUCCUUGUGGGGUCGACGAGACUUCUUGAUUCACGGUUGGAAGAAAAAACUAAUUGGUUCGGCAUGGCUUGGCAAGAACCCGUUUUAUCCACAUAAUUUUGAUAUUAAUUUGUGUUCCACAAACAAUGUUAUGCUAAAUUGGCCGUAUAAACCUCAAAUGUUUAAAACUGACAAAAAAAUUGAAAAAAUUUUGAAUCGUACUAUCAAAUUCGUUAACAGGCGAUAUGAUAGAAGAGUAAAAAUAUUGGUGUUAAAAGCGCUUGGAGUUAGAGAUGAGAGGAAAUCUUUACAUACAACACACCUGCUCUAUGUCUAA